GAAAGUUUCGACAGCACUAUUAGUCAGUGACUAACAUAUUCUAGCAGGAACUUUCAGGCGAUACAAAUGGCGUACUACGGACAGCAACAGGGUUAUCAGCAGGGCCCACCCCAAGGACCUCCUGGGAUGGAUCCUAAUUUCUUGUGGGGCAUAUUUCAAAGGAUAGAUAAAGAUCAAAGCGGUGCAAUUUCAGCAUCAGAACUACAGCAAGCUCUCUCUAAUGGUACCUGGACCCCAUUCAAUCCAGAAACUGUUCGACUUAUGAUUGGAAUGUUUGACAAAGACAACAGUGGAACAAUAAAUUUCCAGGAAUUUUCCUCCCUCUGGAAAUAUGUCACAGACUGGCAGAACACUUUCAGGAGUUACGACAGAGAUAAUUCUGGUUCUAUUGACAGAAAUGAGCUUAAACAGGCUCUAACUAGCUUUGGUUACAGACUCUCAGACAAAUUCUAUGAAAUACUGAUCAGGAAGUUUGACAGACAAGGGCGGGGCACUGUGGCCUUUGACGAUUUCAUCCAGUGCUGUGUGGUGCUCCAGACUCUGACUAGUGCUUUCCGAUUCUACGACACGGACCAAGAUGGCUGGAUACAGAUUGGAUAUGAGCAGUUCUUGAUGCUCGUGUUCAACCUCAAAUCCUGAUCUGUCUGAGCAACAACUCCAGAAAUAAACAUUUCAUGCUUUUCUGGCAAAUUGUAUCUCAUUAGCAAUAAAUUCUAGAUUAAUCAUGUAAAUUUACAAUUUCUGUGGCUAUUACUUGUAAUUAAAUUCAUUUUUGCCGAAUUUACAUAAAUGUUUUACGUGUAAUAUCUGUUUUCUUUAGGGUAGGAUGUAAAUGUUAAAGCUGUAUACUCAAGAUUUUUAGUGCAUAGAAAGAAAUUAAAUUUGCCAUUACAAUGUAACUGAAUCACAGUCAUUAAAAAUAUCAAGUGCAAGUUGUUAUUUAAAAAGAAGAAACAAACAAAAUCUACAAGGAAGAUUAUAGUUAUGAAAGCUAAUAAAACAAAUAUCGUUGUAAACAACAAGAAAUCUCCCUGUUAUGUUUCAUUAGAAAAUAUUUAUAUGUUCAUUGUUGGUUUGUACUGUUAACGUUAGCAAACAUAUAAAGCAGGUUAAGAACAUCAAUACUUUUCAUAAUGAUUUUUUUUUCACUGAAGAUGCACCAUUAAUAAUUCUUCCUUAUUUCUAAAAAUAAUACGCUCUUAAAAAAUGUUUGUAUUAUAGUAAUGUUAACUGUGUUUGUAUAUACUAGUACAUAAUGACAUCUCUUUUUUAAAACAAUAAAUCAAAAUUUAGUUGCACGAUACAGCUUUAAAAAUUUUGUACUUAUGACUACAAUUCAACAGUAAGACCAUGCAUGUUUUGAUAAAAACAGAUAGUCUUCCCAGUAUGCAUAGUGCUUUUUGGUGGCUUUCUCAAUAAUUUUUGAGCAAAUAGCCAUCUUCUCAUGAAACAUUAAUCUAAAAAUAAAUCUGAUGUUUAAAGCACUGUAAAAUUUGGAUUGAAACGAUUUGUGUAUGUUGAAUUCUAAAUUCAUUAUCCAUAAAUUGAGAAAAUUUUAAUUGUUGAGAUUAUUGUAAUGACUGUACAUGUAUUAAAAUGUUAUGUUUGCUUUAUUUUCUGUGCUCUAGAUUGUUAGGUAUUUUAAACACUUGAAUCAAUUUCAAGAUUGAUUAACUGGUAUUGGGUGAUACUGCUGCUAUACAAUGCAAAUUACAGAUAUUUUAUAACAUCAUCCUUAUAAACCAACACUAUAAAUAUGUUUAAUGGGAUAUCUGGUACCACAUUUUAUGUAAAUACAGGCAUUUACUGUAUAUUAAUAGAAUAUGUGGUUGUAUGUCAGCUUAAAUGUUUUAACUUUCUGUAAAGCACAUACUGGUAGAAGAAACUUAAUUCUGGGAUAAAAAUAAUUAUUAUGCAUGGCUUUUGUAGUUUAAUUUGCAUAUACCGGUACACAACAAAUAUUAACAGAAUCCUUCAUGUGAAUCUUUCAGAUACUGUCUUGUUAUUCAGGUCCUAAAAAUAUUCAUACAUAUAAUUCUAUGUUUUUGUCUAGUAUAGAAUUGUACCAAUUUUAUAUAUAUUUUUUUUACAUUUCUCUCUGUAAUUAAAUGUUGUCAUCUUUAUGUAACACAAUUUUUUGUUUACGUUGAUUAACUGGAAAGUUUAUUGGUUAAUUAAAAUAUAUAUCCAAUA